CGGUUGCACAAGGUCACCUGCUGGGAAUAACCCUCUGUCAUUGGCUCUGUAAUUUAGCUCAUUUAGCUUUAAUUGGACGAACAUCACCUGGAGCAGAAGUGUUUGACAAGCAUUUUUGCAGAUUGAGUCUUUGGUUUCCACUUGAAAGCACAAAGCAAAGAUAUGGAAGCAGCCACGUCUAAUAUGCAGCAUUCUUUUGGGGUGGGCCCUCGAGGUCCAAACCCAAAGCUGGGAACUGAGCACGCUGUUCCGGAUCUGCCUCGUCCUGAGGAGCAGCAGCCCCACAAACCGUUCUUCUACAUACAGCCGUCACAGCCAUACCUGCCCAUGCAGAGCAUGCAGUGGCCUGUAGCCAUGCCCAUGUCGAUGCCCUACAACCCAUGCUAUGGUUACCCUGGCUUAGGGUUUGGCCUGCCAAUGAUGCCCCACUAUCAGCCAAAACCCUACAUGGAGCCCCCUGGCUUUGUUGUUCCCCAUACCCAUCUCCAUUUGAUGGAUUACAGACGCAUGCUCAACCCCCAGUACUACCACUCCAUGGCCUACCAUGCCCGCAGGUUUCGUUACCAACACAACUCUGCGUCCAAAGAAAUGACCAGCUCUGAGGUUCAGACUGAGCCCCUUCUCUCAGUUCAUAGGACCAGCACCUCAAGGUCCAAUGAAUGCUCCAACAAUGCCCUUGGUGACCCUACUGGUCAGCUGCAGUCACCAGCUUUGACUGCACAGAUGGAGGAUCAUCCUUCAGAGCUCCAAGAGAAGGCACCCUCUUCCACCACAGGGACACCAUCAAACAGCAGCUUUGUGAUUCAAACUGAGGAAGUGAGGAUUGAAUGCUGCACCACACCAGUGGGACUCAAACUGCUACAUGCUCAUGAGGCUGCAGAAAUGUCUCAGAGCUUCUCCCAGGAUCUGGUCCAGUGUAGUUCUCUUAACCAGAGUGGUCUCCUGCAGGAUGAGGGUCUCGAGCUUAAAGCAGACCAGUCUGAGCAGGAGCUUAAAGUUUGUCCAGACUUCCUAUUAGUUGGGAAGCCAAACACUGGGGCGAAGGCCCUUUCCCUAGAGGAGCCCAGGAACCAGAUAGAUCCUGUGACUGCAAACAAAGCUGAAGAGACUAGAAGUAAUAAAGAUUUGGGUGUGACCUCAAAGAGUUUUCACUACAAGGUUGUUCACAUGCCUUUUGAUCCAACAUAUUUGGAUGAACUUAGAAAGAUGGAGUCCACAGUCUGGUCGUCAGAGGAAACUAUCAUGACUUCUCCUGUCCAAAAGACCUUCGUGAAGGCUUCCAAUAAAACACUGAAUGCUUCACCUGAAGGCAAUGCACUGGAAAUGGUAAUGUUAAAGGCUGUUCCUCCUGAGGAAAUGAUCCCUGUGACAGAGUUACCUCCACUUGCAGAGGCUGAACUAGACAAAAUGAUACCCACUGAAGGAAAUAUUGGGAGCGAGAUGUCUGAAGCUAAUAUCUGCCCUGCUACAGAUGAUUCUCCACUGCCAGUGCUAACAAACACAGCAGAGGUGACUCUUUCAACUAAUAUCCUUCUGUUAGACAAGUCUCCUCUAGAAUCAGACGGAGAUCAACGCCAGCUUGAAACUACAAAUGACCAGGUUUAUCAGGAGACCUCCUUUGAAUCUUUGCCUGCCUAUCUCCCCUCCACCAGCUGGAUUUCUGACUUUGAUCAUAGUUGCUACUCCAGAAAGAUGCCACUAACUCCUAUAAAGCAGAAUAGACAGAUUAAUCUACAUGGCCUGGAUGUGUCUAAAAGGAGAAGAAAGUUGGAUGUGGAUUAUAAGGAACAACUGAAUGUUCUGAAACCAAAACAGAGGUACAAACCCAAAGGCAAGGUGGAUCGGCAAAGUCUCUCUGACCAUGAAUGCUGCCUGAGCAAAAACUUUAAUGAGAACAUGUUCAGCUCUCGUGGGUCCAAGAACAAGCGGCUCUGUACCAGAUGUACGGCAAAAAGUAGGAUCAGCACAUCUCCUAGUUCUGUGUGUGAUGGCCAAAGCUUAAAAAGGAAAGCGGUUCCCUUGCAGCAGUGGAAUGUCCUUUUACCAACAUGUGAGGCAUGCGAAUCUCACACAAAGAGACAACUCAUGAGAAAAGGUUCCAAUCCAGACCUUUGUUCUCUCCAUUAUGGACAGGACACUGAGGGUGAAUCAUCUGGGAACAGCUCAUGUCAGACGGGACCCAAAUGGAGGGCAGCUGACAACUCAAGAAAACGUCAGGACCUCAAGAGGCCGCUGGCACCCAGGCAGAUGGUAACCAAAAGUCCUGGGCCAAUCCGCACAAUGCUAAAGGAGAGUAACUGUGUACAUAAUAAUCUGCAGAACCAGUCUGUUGGUUGGGAAAGGCUGCGCCACUGUCCGCAUGGUAACACCAUUCGAGAAAUUGACGAGAACUGCGGCGCGCCAGUUUCCCCAAAGGAAAAAUUGAGGAGCCGGGACCAGAUGUACCUGACGCACAGACGAGAAACUGCAGAAAGGUCAUGGAGGGAUGCUACGCCCAGCACUUACAAUGGUUGGUUCUUGAAGGAAGCCACCUCACAACACUUGAUCAGUCACAAGAAAACACAACCACAGUCACAAGGAACCUCCACAAAAGAAACACGAUGCUGAUUUGCACAUAAGCACAACCCAACAAAGUACAACCACUGUUUUUAAAUGAUCAACACAUAAUUUAAAUUUUUACCACGCUUGAAUAUGUAAAUAAUCACAAUGUUCACUAUUUAUCAUAUUAAAAUAAACACAACCUUCAUAGUUGCAAACACC